AAUCCUAAUACUUCCGGAGUUUUUUUCUGAAACCGGAAGUUAUUAUGUUUAUUGUGCGUUAGUAAUACAUUCCUAACUUAUUAUUAUUAUUAUAAUAUUUUAAAGAAUUUGUAACCAUGUCGGGUGAUAGUAUAAUCGGACCUGCUUUACCACCGGGCUUACGAGCGAGCAGAAGUGAUGAAUCAGAUGACGACGACACGAUCAUAGGUCCAGCUCUUCCCCCGCUUUAUAAACGCACAGAGUCCUCCAGUUCAUCCAGCGAUCAGGAACAGGUCGUGUUCAAGAGAGCCAAAUACUUAGGAUCAGGGGACAGUCUGCAUUAUAAGAAGGGAGAAACAGCUGGAAGGUGUGGUGAUGAUGAGGAGGAGGAGGAGGAGGAGGAUGGCUUCUUUGGUCCAGCUCUGCCUCCAGGAUACAAAAAUCAAGACAGUUCACCUGAAAGGCCGCCGGUGCUUGGACCCGCGCUGCCUCCAGGUUUUAAAAGAAAGCAUCAUGAUGACGAGGAUGAGGAAGCGGACGAAGACGAAGGAAGCGGGGUUUUGGGACCGGCGAUUCCUCCUGGAUACAAAGCGGAGACUUCCAGCAGUGAGGGAGAGGACUGGGACGUCAUCGGGCCCAUGCCAUCCAGAGGGGAAGCUCAGAGCUCCGUGGCACUGGACUUUGAAAGAAGAGCAAAGAAGAUGAAGGACAGAUUACUGGGGCAGGAUGAUGAGACUGAGAAGCCUCAGAGGGAGAGCUGGAUGACGGAGCUGCCUCCUGAGCUGCAGCACGUCGGACUGGAAGCACGAGGCUUUAAGAAGAGAUCGGGACCCGAAGACAAGGAUCGCUCCAUGUGGACGGACACGCCCGGCGAACGGGAACGCAAAGCCAGGGAGCGACAAGAAGCGAAAGAGAGAGGAGAGACAGCCAAAGACGACGACGGUCCUCGUCUAUCCAAGAAAGAUCUGGAAAUGGCAGAAAAAGUGUCCAAGUACAACGAGUCCAAGCGAGCCGAGUCACUCCUGAGCAUACACGCCAAGAAAAUGAAGAGGAAAGCCGCAGAGGACUCCAAAAAGCCUGUGGAGAGGAAGCCCUUCGACCGAGACGCCGACCUGCAGGUCAAUCGCUUCGACGAGGCGCAGAAAAAAGCGUUGCUGAAGAAGAGUCAAGAGCUCAACACGCGCUUCUCGCACAGCAAGGACCGAAUGUUCCUCUGAGGAACUGAUUACAGACCGAGAAACGUUUAAAAAAACAUCAGUCAAGCAUCUAACUAAUCGCUUGGCCGAAAUCACAGACUCAUUUAAAUUUGCUGUUUGUAAGGUCUAAAGUACAUUUUUUAACUGUAUAUUAUGAUGAGAUUCUCUAGAAUAACUAGGAAAUACAACACGUAAUUCCACAUGGAUCCUGCUGGAUUUUCUGGCCCUGAAAUGAGCUCCACCCCCAGGCCUUUUCCUUAAAAUGCAGGCAACACGAGGAAUGCAUCGUUUUUAACAGGGUCUAGGGUUGGCUGGAGAAAAGUGAAAAGCUUAUUCGUUGUUUUCACUUGAAUCACAGUUUAGUGGGCUGUAAAAGUUACAAAUAGCUCCUUUAAAGACAGUAACAUACUGCCUCAUGCUGCAACGUUGGAUACGUUCAGGGUAGUGUGAACAAGUGAACCAAAAUGAUGAUGAUGAUUUCAAAAUAAAUUGAACCAGGUUAUCUUGUGAAGUGAUAAUCACAUAAGUGAGUACGCUUGUCUGAUUUUAAGCUCGUCCGUUUAGUCAUCUCUGUUUGUUUUUGUAAACGACGCAACACAUCGACGGGGUUUAAAACACUGAAAAAUUGUGUAGAAACUGCAACGACAGGAAUCUUUACUUUGUUGCUCAGGUUGUGUUUGUUAGUGGAUGUGAUGGCAAAUAUUAUUUUGUGCGGUUUUUUUCUUUCUUUCCGUGCUGUAUUUUCAUGCUUUUGUUAAGAUAAUAAUAAAUAAACAAACAUUUCACAUUUGA